AUGACAGAUAAACUACCAGCAAACCUUUUGGUGCUCUUUGCACCUCGACCACCUCUCCGUUAUCUCCCCCACUGCGAUUAUGCCCCAGAGAAGCGCAGAACCGCUCCGAUCAGUGGCGUUGCGGCGUUUCUUGAAGAGCUCAAGAAACCAGAUCCAAACUAUGUUCCAACCGAGAGCUGGAUGCAACGACGAGACCGACUAAGAGAAGAGAAGAAAGCGGCCUUGGAGAAAAAAACAAAAGAAGGGCUUGAUGCUUACGAUCCAGAACAUGACCCGCUUGUCAGAGGUGAUCCUUACAAGACCUUAUUUGUGUCUAGAUUGAGUUACGAAGUCAAGGAAAAUGAUCUUGAGCGCGAAUUUGGACGCUUUGGUCCCAUCGAAAGGGUACGUAUCGUGCACGAUAAAGAUACAGGCAAGCACAGAGGGUAUGCGUUUAUUGUAUAUGAACGUGAGAAGGACAUGAAGGCUGCUUACAAAGAAACCGAUGGAAUACGUAUCAAGGAUCGCCGUGUCCUCGUCGAUGUCGAACGCGGCCGUACUGUCAAAGGAUGGAAGCCAAAGCGCCUUGGUGGCGGCCUCGGCGGUCGUGGAUACACUAAAAUUCCUGUAACGCGCCCCACAGGUCCCUCCGGCUUUGGUAGUGACGGACCCCGUGGACCAGGCGGACCAGGCGGCUUCGGAGGCCGUGGAUUUAGAGGUGGCGGAGGUGGUAACUUCCGUGGAGGAUUUCAGGGUGGUCGUGGAGGAGGUGGGUUCACCGGAGGCAAUAGAUUCGAGAUCGGAGGCGGUCGUGGCCCCCGAGGCGGUAUCGGUUUCCAAGGCGGUGAUAGAGGUGGUCAGAAUGGCUACAGCGGUGGCGGUGGCGGUGGCGGUGGACAUCCUGGUGGAGCCGAGGCCCCGCCAAAUGCACCAACUGGGCCUGGAGGACGUAGGGGAGGCGGUGGAGGCGGUGGAGGCGGUGGGUAUGGUGGCAGUGACCACAGAGGUAGCGGUGGGUAUCAAGGAUCUGGUGGGUAUGAUCGCAGUGCUGGUAACGACCGUGGUGGCCGUAGCAGUGGCUAUGACCGUGAUGGUGGCAGCAGAGGUGGCGACAGGUAUGGAGGUGACCGCGACGCUGGCGGAGGCAGGUUUGGCGGACACAGAGACGACCACCGAGGUGGUCAUGGAGACAGGGGCUCCCACGGUGAUAGAGGAUCCCAUGGUGAUAGAGGUUCACACGGUGAUAGGGGCGGUUACGACGACGGCCAUUCGAGAAAGCGCGCCUACGACGGCGCCGGUGAUGGAGGGUAUGGAAGCGGCGAUAGACACAGGAGAAGGUAUCAGUAG